AUGUCUUCUUUAACUUUUUAUAAAAUCAAAAAAAGAUAUCUUAAAGACAAAAGUGAAAUUCGACUAUAUGAAUCAGUACAUGUUGUAAUUUUAGCGAUGUUUUCUACAAAAAAAAGAAUCUCACCCAAAUUAAGUCCAUUUUACUGUAAUUUAUUACUUCAGGCAUAUCCAGAUUUAUUAACAGUUGGUCAACUUCGUGCUGCAUAUUCAAUUGUAAUUAGAUCUUUAUCAGAAACUGAUGAUGCUUUAGCAUGGGUUUGCUUAGAAAAACUUAUUAAAGCAAUCGAAGAUCUUCCAACAACUGACAACAUAUAUAGUGACACUAACUCUAAUAUUAUUCAUUCCAUCAACAAUAUAUUAAAAAAAAAUAACUCUUCUUCUAAUAACAAUUUACAACCAACAAAUUCUCCUUUUAUUAAUCAACUAAUUAAAUCUAACAAUGAAAAAUUUAUCAUCGAAUCAGCAGCUUUAUUAUUUCAUAGAGGUCAUCUGCUUCUCACUCUUAUUGAUCAGAUCAAAUCUGUCAAUUUGAUAUUUUUGAAAACUUUAUUAUUAAAAAUCAAAAAUUUCUUAACUAAUGAACCCAAUAGUAUUUCUAAAAAUGCAAUACAGAAGGUUUUAUUCGAUGCACUAAGUACAGAACUUGAUUAUACAAAAAAAGAAGCUGGUGUUAAAUGGUGGUUAACUGAAGUGUCAGUCACCCAUGAACUUGAUUUUAUUGAUACGCCUUCAUUAUUGUUUCUAGUACCAAGGACUCAAAUGCUUUUGCUCAACCGAAUCUCCCAUCCUUUAAAAGCAAUAUUGAGGACAAUUGACAAAAAAGAAAGUUAUAAAGAGCAUUGUUGA